AUGUGCGUGCAGCUUAUCUCGAGUUUAGUGUUGUGGCUUUGCGCUGACUGGCGUUGCUUCCUUCUUCCUACUUGCAGCGUAUCAAAGGACCGGCAAUUGCAAUGGUGUGUGCCGUAUUUCUUGCUUCUUUGCUAUGAAGAGUCCAAGACCCGCUCCGAGUCGUGCACUGAAGCCGAUCGCCGGAAGCAACUGAAGAAGGAAUUCUACAAGAGCGCUGCGCAGACCCUGGUGCAGGAGUGGCACUCGGCCAUCUGGCCGGGCAUCAGUUUCCCAGAGCCUCUUCCAACGAAAACCAAGGAUGGAGAAAGCGCCGGACGCAUGUCUGAGAGGACUUGCGACACGUCUGUCAUGAUUUCAGCUUUGGCCGCUAAGCUUGGAGAGUCGCAGACGUACCCCAGCACGACCCGGUGCUGUCACCGUUUUCUUAAGGAGGUAGUGACAAUGCUGGCGCGCAAAUCGGAAUUCUCUCUCACCCUUCUGGACUUGCAGUGGUUUCGUGCUCGCAGUUGCCGGGUGAGUGGAGAGGGGACGCUGGAUGGAAGACUUUUCUGGGGAGCUACGUGUGAACGCACGGAUACGCUGCAAGCGGAUGACCCAGACGAUAGCUUGGUGCAGACUCCGGAGUCUGUGCCGCACGUGGCAGACGUUGUGGCCUUUGCUUUGCACAGGUGUCAUGGAUUGCAGCCGGACAACUUUACUGAGGAUGUGAAAAUGCUACGUGCCAUUGCCUACAGCCUUCUGGCGCAGAUCGCAAAACAGCUGGACUGA